AUGCUUCUCAUCAUCAUCGUUGCUUCAACAUCGCUUUCAGAAGGAAGGACACUUUCCUUAAUAUCUGGUCAAGGGUACUCAAAGAUUUUUGCAACUCUUGGAGUUGUAUGCAAGUGCUGUGAUGGGGUUGGAGGUGCCUGCACUAGUACAUGGACAGAAUCUUGCAAUAAUCUGCAGUGUUAUCCUUGGAAAUCACACUAG